AUGGACUUGACGAUAGAUAACGAUGGAUAUGAAGCACCAUACUAUAGAAGAUCAAGUUUCCCUGUUAUAGAAUAUCACAUGCUAGAUAAACAAAAAUAUUAUCCAUUGGUUGCUCUCAGUGGUGUCGCUGUUAGGUCAGUUGUUUAUCCACUUACAUUGAUCAAAACACGGAUGCAAGUCCAAAAAUCCAAAGUACUCUACAAUGGUACUUUUGAAGCUAUCAAUCAGAUUAUUAAAUAUGAAGGCGUGCAGGGACUCUAUUCCGGAUUUUUGAUCCAUAACUGCUCCAUGCUUAGUCAAAUAAUAUUUUUGAGUACUUAUGAAAAAAUACGACACAUCCUUGCAGAAAAACAUUCCUUUAAAAGUAACCAGCAAAGAUCAUUUAUAGCUGGUGGACUGGCUUGUGCAAUUGCUCAGACUGUAGUGGUUCCUAUAGACAUUAUUACUCAACAUCUACAAACAAAAUCUGUAUACAAAGAACUACAUUCUUCAAAAGGGAAAAGUUGUGCAAAUGGGAAUCAGGUAAAAUUAAUUGAUUUUUUUGCAUUCAGUGUUUAUCAUUUAUUUGUUUUGAUGAAAGGUUUUUACAAAGGAUUUAUACUUUCUGUGAUAACUUAUAGUCCUACAUCAGCAGUAUGGUGGUUAACAUAUGAUACAUUCUCAGAUUUCUUAUCAAAGUCAACUCCAGUUUGGUUUCCUAGAUUGGUCAUUCAGUGUUUAGCUGCGCCACUCAGUGCUGUAACUACAACCAUUGCCACAACACCUGUUGAUGCUAUAAGGACCAGGAUUCAAGUUUGUUGUUCCAUAUGCAUCCACAAUUUAUCAAACAUUUUCAGAAAACAUAACUGGGAGGGAUUGCGUAUAAAUAAAUAG